CAGCUGACGAAAAAGCAUGGGCGGAAGUAUGUUGGAAAAAGGGGACGACAUUAAUCGAAGCAACAUUUUUCAACGGGUAAUUUGCGAUUGUUAGAGAUAUAAAUGGUGGCAUUUUAAACUCUGUAUUAUGGUACGAAGUUUUUGAAUGAGAAGACAUUGAUCUUACGAAGUUAUCAAAAUGUUGAUGUUCUGUCCCACGUGUGGAAAUCUUUUGGGUGUUGAAGAAGGACCCAAGUGUUUCCGAUUCUCUUGCCGUACUUGCCCUUACGUAUUCAACAUUAAUCGAAAAGUUAGCAGCAAAUCAUUCCCCAAACUUAAGGAAGUGGAUGAUGUAUUAGGAGGAGUUGCUGCCUGGGAGAAUGUGGAUUCCACUGAAGCAACUUGUCCCAAGUGUGACCAUUCAAGAGCUUACUUUUUGCAGAUGCAGACACGAUCUGCAGAUGAGCCUAUGACCACCUUUUACAAGUGCUGCAACCACGAGUGCUCCAACCUGUGGCGUGAUUAGACACAACCUGCCUUCAAACCCCCACUUUCUUUUUUUCAUGUUAAACUCAACUCAUUAUCGCCUUUAAAAUUGUCAAAUGAUCAACCCAGUCAUCCUCCUUGGGCCCAAGAACUCCGCAGCCAUCCUAAAAAAUGCAGUGGAGCUUCUGAAAUCGGGCAGUGUGAUUGCUCUUCCAACAGACACUUUAUAUGGGAUCGCUUGUCUGUCCCAAAGUUCAGAAGCUUUGAAAAAACUUUAUCAAAUCAAAUCGCGAGACAAGAAUAAACCGGUUGCUAUUUGCGUGUCGCAAGUUAGCGAAAUCGCCAAGUGGGGACACGUUACAGUAGAUGAACGUCUACUGCACGACCUUUUACCUGGACCCGUCACCCUUGUGUUCGAAAGAAGUCCUGCCUUGAAUCCUGAACUCAACCCCGGAACUAAACUUGUUGGCAUUCGAAUUCCGGACUCUUGGUUCAUUCGUCAACUGGCAAAUAGCUGUGCUGAACCUUUAGCGUUGACUAGCGCCAACAUCAGCGGAUCUCAGAGUACUCUAUCGGUGGAAGAAUUUCUAGGGAUUUGGGAGCAUCUCGGGGCUGUCUUCAACGGUGGCCCUAUUCCAGACGGCUCUACCGCUCGACUAGGAUCUACUGUUGUCGACUUGUCGUCACCUGGCACCUAUCGCAUCAUUCGUCCUGGCUGUGCUCAAACAAUUACAGUGGAAAAGCUGAAGAAAUACGGAUUGGUUGAAGCUAGUGAACCAGCGUCUGAAAACGUUUAGCCCCCUCUUCUUGUCUUUAGUGCUUAUGUGAGUGUUGAUUCUGUGUAUUGAAAAAUGUGGAAACGCCAGAAGACCAGAGAUGACAUGAAUUACGACGCGCUGAUCAAGACGGCACUGACGGGCCACUUGGGUGAAGCUGUGCGAGAGGUGCAACGUCAGCAGCAGCAGCAACAACAACAGUCAACAGCGGUCGUCGAAGGGAAUAGUGAAUCGGCUCAUACGCUGUGCUGUGUCUUGGAAGCUCUGUUCGUUCACCGCCUACGUGAUUCAUUCAUCGACAAGGUUUCCAGCGUCUUCUCUGGUGAUGUGAUUCGACAACCGUCGCCCAACUUUUGGCCUUUCUUGCUCGGGUUCUCUCAUCGACAUUCGGUUGACUACUUGUCAGAUUCUUGCCCGUGGUUGAGGUCUGACAUUGGCCGAUGUCGCGGAUGGAUUAGGCUCGUCCUCAACGAUGGAAUGCUCACCAGCUACCUUGAGCUGCUAGCUGGGGAGCGUCGACUUCUCAAUGACUUCUACGAUCGUCAAGCGUACCUCCGUGAUCCUGAGCAUCUUGAUAUAGCUAGAAAGCUGUUGAGCGGCAUAGAAAUGCUUCAAUUUCGUUUGGCCGUCAAUAGUAGCAUGUUAAACAACUGGAGCACGACCCCUCUGCUUCUGGCUGGGCUCUGGUCACCGCCUACCCCACUGGUCCAAGAGGCUGUCGUACAGGGGGUCGAUGCGGCCUUGUGUUUCACCGAUGAAGACGAGACGUUACAGCCCAUCAAGCAAGCCAGCAAGUUAACAACGAGCUUGGCGUCAACCAAUGUACCGAAGCUCGAUGAAGAUAUGGCUUUUCGUUUGAUAAUUGAAUCAGAUAGAAAUAUACCUAGCGGUAUGCUAGCCCCAUUGGGAUCUCCGUCUGUAGCAAUACCACCCGCCUUAGUCCCUCCCGUAGAAGAAGUUCGUCUCUCACAAUCCCAUUCAUCGUCCCGUGUCGAUGAUUUGCCGGAGGAAGUUGAUUCGCAAAUUGUUCUCGUCACCCGCCUACGGAUGAAAAAUAGUCGGUCUACAAGCCCAGCCGUGCUGGAAGAAGCUAAAGUGAACGUACCUGUCGCUCCAAGUCUCCCAAGCACUCCGCCACAAUCGUUGUCGGAAGAACUUGCGGCUGCCGAGGCUUUGACUGAUGCUGUGGGUGACGAACAAGAAGAGACCGAAGAAGAAGCUUCGACUUUUGAAGAUUUGUUAGAAAAUUACUCCAACUUUAACAUUGGCAGCAACGCCUUGACCAAAUCGCCGAAUUAUUCGCCAACUGAAUCGACUACAAGAGAUAGUUCUCCUGAAGAGAAAUUCGAGAUCGUUUCUGACGAAAAAAAUCCGCAAUCGCCGUUUGCAUCCAUGCUGUUGACGUUGAAUCAGGAAUGCAGUCUUGUCAAACAAAAUUAUCGCUGCGCCGGAUGUUCCAGCCCGAUUGGCCUAAUCUACGGCCCUGCUCGAGUUUGUAAUUUCAGCGGCGGUUUGUAUUGUUCGGACUGUCAUACCGACGCUGACGAAGUUAUCAUUCCGGCUCGGGUUUUCCUCAACGGCGAUUAUUCAAAGCGCAAAGUCUGCCGUGCCGUUCGGCAGUUUUUCCAAGACAUUGAAGUUGAUCCGGCAUUGGAUGCGAUCCAGUUUGAUCGCAACAUCUACUCUUACCAGCGGGAAUUUGCCGCCUUACUCGACGUUCGAACGCAGCUACAACAUCUGUCUGCCUUCCUUCUGACUUGCCGCACGCCGGAGAACGCUGGAGAAGAGUUCCGCAAACGUACUUAUGGCAAAGAGUAUUUGUAUAUCCAGCAGCACGUCUACAGUCUAGUGGAUUUGCCUUUGAUACAAUCCGGACAGCUUCAUCAGCAAUUGACCAAAUUAUUUCAAUACGGCAAACUACACGUCAGCGGAUGCGGCCUCUGCUCGAUGAAAGGUUUCUUGUGUGAGGCGUGUCGUUCGGAUGCGGUCAUAUUCCCUUUUGACUUGGAUUCGACGUUUAGGUGCCCGAUUUGUGGUGCCGUGUUCCAUUCGGAAUGUAUGGAUCGCUUCAAACCGUGUCCGAGAUGCGAGCGGUGGAAAAGUCGAGAGAAGAAUCAAGUCGAGAACACAGAACAGUCAGACCAGGAAAUUUAAAAAUGGCAGAUCUAAAAUCUCGAAAUUGGUGUGUGUUCAUAGAUGUCGUAACUCUUUGUGAAUUCUUUGUUUUCUAACUGCCAAAAAUUCAUUACAGCUAGUAUAGUAGAAUUGGGAAAUUUUUCACGUGUCGCCCUGAGCAUUUCUUUUGCAGUGCAACUUGUUUUUCGAAAUAGGUUUGAAUCGUGACGAGUACACUGGUGAUCCUCUAUGUAGAUAUUGCAGAGUACAAUACAAUUCAUUCGUUUGGAA